AUUACUUGAUCAACUUACUUAUUCCUAAGAUUAACCACUUCUCCAUUGCUGGAAAUUCUUCCACUUUGAAUUAUUGUUCUAAUUUAGUCUCCUCUCCCGUUGUUAAUUUGGUCCUCUUGGAUGGCUUUUUCUCUCUCAUGCUGCAGAUUCUGAAUCUUUGAAGGAAAAAUUGCUGCCUAACUUUGAAGAAGCUGGUGACCGAUAUCAGGACUUGAGCAUGGUUGCAGAUGCUCCUGUUCCAAUGGCUAAGGAAGUCAAUGCAGUAGCGGAUAAACCGGUUGGCAGGUCUACCCCCAACAAAAGGAACGGAAAAAUUCCAAAGAAAAUCCACAAGGCUGAGAGAGAGAAGCUUAAACGUGACCAUUUGAAUGAGCUUUUCCUUGAGUUGGGCAAUGCACUAGAAUCAGCUCGGCAGAAUAGUGGCAAGGCAUCUGUAUUGGAUGAGGCUACUCGGUUCCUCCGUGAUCUGCUUGCUCAAGUUGAAUGUCUCAAAAGGGAAAAUGCAGCACUGUUAUCUGAAUCUCACUAUGUGACCGUUGAGAAGAAUGAGCUCAGAGAUGAGAAUUCUGUCCUCGAAGCAGAGAUUGAGAAGCUGCAGACUGAGCUACAGGAUAGGGCUCAGGUAAAACCAGCUUGGGAUGCAGCUACGGCUCAAUCGCAGCACAAGAAAAUAGUAUCACACUUAUCAGAGGACUGCCUCACAUUGCCUGUCAUAGACCCCACAUUGCAGCAGUCAGCUGUCGUCGGUCCAGUCUUUGUAAUUCCACUUCAUGAGCGGCAUGGUUAUUCAGAGCCUGAAACCACUCUUACACCAUCAAAGCCUUCCUCAAACGUGAGCAAGCCACAUGCUCGUUACCCAACCCCAUCAGAUUUGUGGCCAUCACGACUCCUUGUUAAACAGCCAACUUCUGAGGAUAACUGCCCUAGAUGAUUUGAGCAAUGUCAUUGGAGCCAAAGAUGUCUAUGUUAGACAAUGUGUAAGCUUGUGAUGUAUCUCUUGGUAUGAUUGGAAGUUGAGGUUGUAAUAUGUCUUUUAUGCAUUUUGUUAAUCUAAUCUUUAAUCAAAUGCUGAGUACCUCCACUGUUUGGUUCUAA